GCCCAGCCAGCCAUUUCCGGGCUGUCUGUCCGUCGGGGAUCCAGCCAAUUGCUCCCUCAGAAACAUACAUGGGCAUAUUUCACAAAAGCCCGCAGCUCUCAAAGCUCGUCGUUCUGGUUGGUACGAACAAAGAAACCAGCUGAAAGAAAGAGAACGUGAAACUCUUGCACCUGCUGGAUUGGACUGGACUCGACUCGACUGGACUCGUAGGAGCCGGAGGACCGCUGGAAAAGAUUCCGAAUUGCAGGAGAACGCACCAGAAUAGUGAAGCACGCUGCACGCGAGAUUCAGCACUCUGUUGCCAGAAGCACAACGACCAACGGGAAACUGUCGAUGCUCAUUGGACUUGUGUAAAAUCUGGAAGUGAAUGAAUGAAUGAAUGAAUUGAAUUGAGUGAAAUUUCCUGUGGAAUUCCCGUACAACUGUUGCCACUGGUUUGUGGGUAGAUUGCAACUGCGAUGAUGAAUGGCCGCCAACUCAAUCUGACCCCUCGUACUUUAACUUCACGCUCGGUACGUACUGUCCUGUGCUGACUGCUCGCUUCGCUUCGCUUCGCUUCCCUUUUCUUCCCUGCCUUGACUCGAUUCGAUUCGCGGCUCCCAAUCUGAGCUCACCACAUGCUGUCCUCAUCGAAUCCUACAAGCAAGCACGUGCAAUCUUUCGGGACCCAGUGCAUGCUCUUCUGUCCUUUUCUCGUUCGGCUCCAAUCUUCCCGUCUCAGACUCCUCCAAGCCCGAGUACUCCGUUGCCCAUUCCGAUGCCAUCUCGUCCAGCUCUUCCCAGGCGCGAUCAAUGAAUGCCGAAAUGACUAUACUCGCAAAUAAUCACCCGUCCUCGCUCACGUAGUACGCAUCGCACGAGCUUCCUCCUCGCAGCGGCCCGGAAGUCUGAAAUUUAUGCCAUGCAUUCGUUCCAAGCUCGGGUGACGAGCACGAGGAGAAGAAUCUGAAGCCCAGGGUAAGCGCAAAGCGGGUUUCCCAUGGGCGUCAGUGCAUGAACAGCGGAGGGCAUGGGCGUCGGUGGACUCGAUCAAUCGGAGCGAGUGAGGGCCUUGAGCAGAGCAGAGCAGAGCUGAGCUGAGCGGAGCACGCAAGCCCUAGAUUCGGACCAGCUGCAUGCUCGCUUGGGUCGGAAGAUCGGCUUCUGCUUGUGCUGCUGCUGGAAUGGAGUGAAGGCCGAGACUCGUGCUGUGGCUGCGACUGAAUGAUGUGCUCUUUAAAUACCGAAUCGCAGUGCGCGGACAUGAAGGAGGCGACGGACGAAUGCAGGGGGUGAGGGAGCGACGCCAUGCACUGGGACCUAGCGGCCCGGCGCUGACAGCAGUCGUCGUCUCCAGAGGAGCAGGAGGAGGAGGAGGAGCAGGGGGGAGGGAUAUGGAGGCGAGCGCUGCACGGCGCGCCGAGGCUGCCGCAGGGGCAGACGGAAUUGCGGACUGGGCUGCAGCGGAGAUGUCUUGAGGGAGGGGGCGAGACGAGGGAGCGAGGGCGAGAAAUUGAGACCGAGAUCGAGAGGCGCACGGCGAGUGUGCCCUCCUCCGUCCCGCGGCGAUCGAUGGCGAGCAGCACCAGCAAGAGCAAGCCUGUUCGCCAUGUCUACAAAACUGGCGCUGCAGGGUGCGGGGGCAAGGCCGCUCCCACCACGGCCAAGAAUUCUGGAGCGCCACUGCCUUGCCCUUUCUGUGACAGGAUUUUCAAACAGGAUGGGCGUCUCAAGGAGCACUUGAAAAACAAGCACGCUGGCGAGAGUCAGGACGGGUUGCAGGAUGGAUCUGUGGGAGAGGGAACGGAUUCCGUGGGCGAUCUGCCAGGAACAAGUGGAACUGCGGAAUCCGGGUUAACACAUUCAAAUCAGUCGUCCUAUCCUGUCAAGACGCCGAAAACUCUACUCCAUGAAUGGUGUCAGAAGAAUAAGAGACCUGUUCCUAAAUUCAAACAUGUCAGUGUUUUCCAGUUUAUAUCACAGAGGAGGUCGAAGGAGGUUUCCAUUGUCGUAUUGUCCUACCGGAUCCAAAGAAGAGUGAGGACGAUGUCAUAUUAUGGUACAGAGAUACAACCAGUCGAUCUUCUCAAGAAGCCCAACACAGAGCUGCAGUCAAAGGCUUGCACCAUGUCAUGGGUAAUCGAAGGCUUGAUCGUAUACUCCCAGAGGAAUAUCGACAACAGUGGCACAAUCUAGAUGUGGCAGCCGAAGAGCGCAAGGCGUAUUUGAAAGCGCAUCCACCGCAACCAAGGCCAAAGCCAGUACCAGUUCAACGCGAGCUACACUCUGUAUUUAUGAGCGAGGGAAACAGGCGUCUUGUAGAGGAUUUGCUCAAAGGAGACGAGAAUGAGUACACCAGCAGCGAAAAUUUACACUUUCAUUCUGGAGCUAAUCAUAGGGAGAAUACUUUAGAUAGAUUUGAAGAUAUCUCUGCAGUGGUCGAUGACUGGAGCGAAUUAAGCAUUUCAGGGCCGUCGGUUAGAGUGACUCAAAGCACUAGAAGUGCGGGGCACAAGCCAAAUCUACGAGGAGACGUACAAAAAGGGGGCCUCGAUUUCAGAGAGCAUUCAAAGCUAGGAGGUAACAACACGUUGAGAGAAUCCAACAGAACAACUGCCUCGCAAGCUAUUCGACGGAAGCUUCUUAGCAUGGGAUUCAAAACAAAUUACAUAAAUAUGGCUCUUGCGGAGAGAGAAGAAUUGUCCAGUGUACUCGAUUGGCUCAUUCUUAAUGUUCCUGAACACGAACUACCUUCCAGAUUUGCUCCAGAAUCUUCCAAAGCUUCUGUACAGGUGUUGGUGAGGGGAAAGCAGGCAGUUGAAGAUCCGUCUGCAACCACUGCCUGUCUCUCCCAUCUGCAAGAGUACGGGUAUCCGUAUAUGGAUUGCAUAACAGCACUAUCAGAGGCCUGUGGAGACGAGGAUGUUGCCUUAAGUAGACUUUUUGAAAGCACGUUUCAUCCAGGCAGUGUCCUUGUGACUGAAUCCACAACGCAGCUGGCUGACACAAUAGCAGAGGAGCUCAUUGCUCUGGAUUCGAUCUUCGGAGAUGAGUCGUGUUUCAUUUCAGAAUCGUUGUCAAGUUUCUACCUGCCGGUACGGGAAGAAGUUGAAGCUAGCCUGGAAAUGGAGGUAAGAAUUCCGUCAGGGUCACGAUAUCCCUUUGAGGUUCCGGUAAUAGCUUUGCGUAGUAGCGAGCUCCCAGCAGAAUUACUAUUGGCUCUCACGAAGCAACUGGUAGAGAAUGCUGAACGGCUUCUUGGAAAUUCUAUGAUCUUUGAGCUUCAACAUAAGGCUAUAGAGUUGGCCCAAGGGAUCACAGCAGAGGUCAUCAGAUCUGCAUCUUAUUUCCAAUCCGAAGUUGGUCUGGAUAUUCCAAAGUACAAGGUAGAGCAAUACCUUGACGAGAAAGGCUUAUCAAACAAUGGUUCAUCGCAGUCUACCGGCCUCAGCCCUCCAAAUGGAUCUGCCACUCAUGGAAGUGACUCGCCAGUAUCAGCAACGUACGUGCCACCAGCUCUGAGGAGGUUGUCUCCGACGACGCUAAGUGAAGUGAAAGGACAGCCUGAAGGAAAUGUCGCCACUGGACAGUCCCAUCGGCAAGAUUCUGGCAGAAGUAAAGAAAAUUCUGGCCGAAGUAAUGAAGAUUGUGCAGCUGCGGAAUUUAGCAGGGAGUGCUUGAAGCUGAAGAAUGAGUGGGAACAUCUCAGGAGGGGAGGGAGAAAUGAAAUGUGGGCUGCCAGGUCAAAAUUACCAGCUUUCAAACAACGCGAUGAUCUCUUGAGACAAAUUAACGCACAUAAUGUCACAGUCGUUGCUGGUCAGACAGGAUGCGGGAAGAGUACUCAGGUGCCACAAUACGUGCUGGAAGACUACAUCGAGAGAGAUACAGGAGCAGCUUGCAACAUAAUCUGCACUCAGCCCAGACGUUUAUCAGCAAUUGGACUGGCUGAUCGAGUAGCCAAGGAGCGGGGUCAAGGAGUCGGUGAAACUGUCGGGUACUCCGUUCGUUUGGAGAGCUGUCGUUCACAUCGUACGAGGCUUCUGUUCUGCACUACGGGAAUACUGUUGCGACGAUUAUCUUCAGAUCGUGAUUUAGAGAAUGUUACACAUGUGAUUGUUGAUGAAGUACAUGAGAGGACGCUAGAAAGCGAUCUUCUCUUACUGCUUUUGAGAGAAUUACUGAAGAGGGUUGGUGGUAGGCUCCGUGUGAUUCUUAUGUCUGCAACAGUGGACCCAACCCUAUUCGUACGAUAUUUUAGAGACGGCAAUGAUGCCGAUCCCUGUAUAGUGAGCAUUCCUGGGUUCACGUACCCUGUACAAGAAUUGUACUUAGAGGAUGCGUUAGAUCUCACAGGAUUCAAAAUUGGACGGAAUUCUCGCUAUGCUAUGAAGAAAAAAAGUAGCACUUCUGAUUUGUCAAGCCUUACCGCUUCAGCUGAAAGAAGUUCUGCUGUCAAUGAGGAUAUGGACAACUGGGAGUCACUAGCAGAGGACAAUUGUAGGGAAGAGGUCAUUCCGUUGGAUGAGUAUAGUGAGGCUACUAUGCAGUCCUUAAGCAUUGUAGAUCAAAGCUUAAUCAAUUAUGACCUGAUCGAGCUCAUAAUAUGUGCAAUUUUGCAAAGAGUAGAGCCAUUCAAUGCGUCGGGUGGGCCUGAAGGACAGGCUGGUGCGAUACUGGUAUUUUUGCCCGGAGUUGCUGAAAUUCGCAGACUCCAGAGAUUCCUCCAACAGUCCUCUCAAGUUGCGUCCUGUGGAGGUGGAAAUUUGUGGAUUCUAGCUCUUCAUGGAUCUCUAAGCAGUGAUGAACAGAGACGUGUCUUUUCUAGGCCUGCACAUGGAACUAGGAAAGUGGUGUUGGCAACUAACAUUGCAGAGACAAGUGUUACCAUCGAUGAUUGCGUAUAUGUGAUUGACACUGGGCGUCAUAAGGAAAUGAGGUAUGAUCACAGUAGAGGAAUUUCCUGCUUGGAAGAAACGUGGGUUUCAAAAGCUAGUGCCAAGCAGCGACGUGGUCGAGCUGGCCGUGUACAGUCUGGAUUUUGUGUCCGCCUGUACAGCAGACAGCAGUUCCAGAAGCUGGAGGAGCACCAGCUUCCAGAGAUCCUAAGAGUUUCGUUGGAUGGACUAUGCUUAAAGGUGAAAUCACUUCUGGACGAGAAGGUGGAGGUGUCGGUGUCGAGGAUUAUCACGUCGCCCGAUCCGAGCGCGGUGAGGACGUCGCUGAAGAAUCUGCUGGACCUGAACGCGCUGGAUGCGGGCGAGAAUUUGACGCCGCUGGGGCACCAUCUGGUGCGCAUGCCCGUGGACGCGCGCGUGGGCAAGAUGCUGCUGUUCGGGUGCAUGCUCAAGUGCCUGGACCCGGUGCUCACCAUCGCCGCGGCGCUAAGCGGGCGCUCGCCCUUCAUGGCGCCGCCCGACAAGCGCGAGGAGGCGGCGGCGGCCAAGUUGCGCCUGGCCGGCGGCAGCAAGAGCGACCACCUGACGGUGGUGGCCGCGUACAACGGCUGGCUCGGCGCGCGGCAGGAGGGCCGCGGCUCCGAGAGCAACUUCUGCGCGGCGCACUUUCUGUCGCGCGAGACGUUGGCCGGCAUCGAGGCCAGCCGGCAGGACUUCGUGAAGAUCUUGACGGACAUCGGGUUUCUGUCGUCGGGUCUCGCCGGGAACCACCCGGUCGCCGGCGGCCCGCUGGACUCGAACUCCGGCGUCGUGCGCGUGGUGAAGGCGGUCAUCUGCGCCGGAUUCUACCCGAACAUCGUGCGCGUGCACCACCCGGAGAAGACGUUCGUGCAGACGGAGGGCGGCACGGUGGAGCGCACGGCGGCCGCGCGCGAGCUGCGCUUCUUCACGAAGGCGGAUGGGCGCGUGUUCCUGCACCCGGCCAGCGUCAACUUCCACGUCGGCGCCUUCGAGAGCCCCUGGCUCGUGUUCAGCGAGAAGGUGCGCACGUCCAAAGUGUUCCUCAAGGAGAGCACCAUGGUCCCCGCCUACGGCCUGCUCCUCUUCGGCGGCCGCGUGCAGGUCAAGCACGAGAAGCAGGCCAUCUCCGUGGACGACUGGCUCGAGUUCGAGGCCCCGGCCCGCAUCGCCGUGCUCAUCAAAGAGCUGCGCACGAAGGUCGACUCCUUGCUCUUCGACAAGAUCAAGAAGCCCGCUCUCGACAUCGGCUCGAGCCCCGUCGUGUCCGCGUUGAUCCGCCUGCUGACGACUGACGGAUUUUAGACUCUCGUACUGACCUUUGUAGGACUCGUAACGAGUUUGGUAGGAUGGAUACACGAUGAUUUGAGCUCCCUUUGAUUCCAUGGGUGCCAAGUUGAAAUUGAAAUUUUCCCGCUCGGAGGCUUGGUUCAGCUGAGCUGAGCCAUCGGGUGAACAGAGGGCUCGUGACUCGUGAGCAGAGUCGAGAGUGAAUCGAUUUACAUUGCCCUGGCACCCGAGCAGCCUGCCAAUCACCAGGAGCCCUUUGCCAGGGCCAGUGGACAGCCGGCCAACACCUUAGGAAUUGCCUCUUGAAGUCUUGUGUCACACUCAUUGCCUGUAUAUAUCUUCUUGUUAGAUUCCGCCGGCCCUGCCUGUUUCCUGCUACCGCUGACUUGGCUCAGCACGUAUUUUAGUAUGUACUUUGUGUAUUUUGAUCGCGCGCGGGGUGUUCCUGAGGACGUGACCAGCAUUCAUACAUUCAUCCAUUCAUUCAUCACUCCAGUCAAGUGAAAGUUAUCGUUGCAUAUCUGUCGUCGCGGAGUCGAAAUGUUUAUUUCAUGAUCCGUACAUGAUCCGUACAUUCUU